AUGGAAAAGCACGAGGAGUUCGAGCUACGGACAACGGCGACACCAUCCGACCGGUCGUCAAUGGAAGGCAGCGAAGGAACGACACCAGAAGAGCGCAUCACAGAAGCAACCAACAUGGACUCUAUCAACACCGGUCCGCCAGAAAUUGGAUUUGAAAGAUCUAUCGAGCCUCCCGCAAAUGUGCCAUCGAAUGCCGGAGAAGGGAACAGGUCGGCAAUCAAUAAGAAGACGCCCAAGCGUGCAAAAGCCGUCGAGAUCCUCAAGUGGUUCGUCAAAGACCAAUGGUUCCUUCUAGCAAUGGGCGCUGUAGUCCUCAUCUCGUCUCAAGUCCAGGUUCCAGCAUCACAGCAGCGCACGAAACGCACAGUAAUCACAUACCUUGCAGUCUCCGUCAUCUUCUUCAUCAAUGGCUGUACGCUGGAUACCAGGGUCAUGCUCGCCAAUUACAUGCGGUGGAAGCUGCACAUCUUCGUACAGUUGCAGUGUUACCUCGUCUGUUCGGCAGCCACCUUUGCCAUUGUCAGCCUGUGUGCAACAAACCCCAACUUCAUGGACCCAUGGCUAUUGAUCGGCUUUCUCUUUGUCGGCAGCGCACCAACAACAAUGUCCAGUAACGUUGUCAUGACGAGACAAGCUCAUGGGAACGCGGCGCUCACGGUCGUUCAGUCAGUCAUUGGUCAGUUCCUGUGUCCCUUCUUGACGCCAAUCAUCCUGCAGAUGUACCUUUCCACGGGGUCAUGGUAUAGCAAGGUUCUCCAGCGCGGUUCUGGUUACGCAGGCAUUUACCAGCGUGUCUUCAUGCAACUCGGCCUGUCGUUGUUCCUUCCAAUGCUAGUCGGACAAAUCGUACAACGGCUAUUUCCGAAGAUGACGAAGAAAGUGUUCUUCGAGUGGAAACUGCUAAAGCUAUCAUCAAUUGCUCUCCUUACAAUGGUGUGGCAGACCUUCGAUCAGGCGUUCUCUUCUGGUGCGUUCGAAGCUGUCAAGUCGUCCAACAUCAUCUUCAUCGUUUUCAUCACGAUCGCACUGUACUUCAUAUGGCUGGCUAUAUGCUUCACGGCUGCUACCAUGUGGCUGCCGAAGAAGGACGUCAUUGCAUGCUGUUAUUGCUGCCCAGCGAAAGCUCUUGCCAUGGUUGUCCCACUAACAUCAGUCAUGUACAUCAACAUCGAUCCCGUUGACCAAUCGAAGAUGCAGAUACCUGCGAUCAUCUUCCAGGCCUUUCAGGUUGCUAUCGGUGGCAUCAUGACAAUCGGUUUCCGCAAGUGGAUCCGACCGGAAGAAGAGAAAGAAGAGGCAGAAAAGAACAUCGAAGCAGGCGCAGCGAAGUAG